AUGGGCUCCCAGCAAUCUUGCUGCGCUGGUCAAGAAGAGGUGCAGGUGGAAAAUGUAAGCUCUCUGCAUCACAUGUCUGAGGGGGGAAGUGAAGAGGGAAAGGCUGCCGAGAGCGGCAUUCGUUUGAGCAACAUGUCCAUCCGCUUUCGUCAGAUGACCACUUCGUCUGUGUUGACGAUAGAGGCGGACUUGUUGAAGGGCAUAUCGCUCGCAAAAACGUUGCGAAACUUCGGAAGCCUUUGGCGCACCUCCCCCGCCGAUCUGAAAGAGUCGGAAAGGGCUUCACUGUGGCAGAAGUCGAAGCGAGUGGAGAGACUGGACGUCUUCAUUUCACAUACUUGGUGGACUUCCGGCAGAUUCAAGUUGCUUGCUCUUCUCCUGCGCAGCGGUUGGCCCGUGAUGUUGUUGGCUUACGUUGUAGCAGCUGCUUUGGCAGUGUUGUUUUGCGUGCUUGGGGUUUUGCCACUGCCCUUUGAACGCUCAGAGACGUUUCUGUCUGUUGAGUAUCAGGUCACACGCGGGCCUUGGGUUUCUCUUUUUUCCCUUGUGGCCAUGCCGAUUGGCCUGGCCGUUUCUCCUUAUCUGCGUUUGGGGGCUGAUCCGUGUUGCUUCCUGGAUGUAGCCUGCAUUCAUCAAGCCGAUCUCGAGCUACAGAGGAAGGGCGUGUACGGGCUCGGGGGAUUUCUGGCGGCUUCCCGAGAGAUGCACAUUUUAUGGAAGUCGAUUCCCUUCUUGUCUUGUAGUGGCCUUUUGUGGCUUGUGGGAAUCCAUGCAGCGGGGUGCAUUACAGUCGUCUGGCUGAAUUGGGGUUUGCCAUGGGGUGGAACGUUCUAUUUGAUAGCGACCACUCCCUUCAUAUUCAUCUGCCACCAGAACCGCAAGUACAUGCGGGAGAAGAACGAGUUGUUCCUGCAUCUGCAGCAGUUCCGUUUGGAGGACGCGAAGUGUCGCAUGGAGUCAGACAGGAAGUUCAUCCAUACCUCGAUCAGGCAGUGGUAUGGGAGCGAGGAGGCGUUCGUUGAAUAUGUCAGAGGGCCCCUUCAGCAAGAGCUUCUUGCCUCUGGGGCAGACAUUCCCUUUUCCUAUUGCCUACUCAUGGUUUUAGCUUUCUUCAGCAUAUCGAUUGACACCAAGAUGGCGGCGAUCAUGGCAAACGUGCCGCUGCCAGCACAGCUCCCGCACUUCAUCGCUAACGACGUUGGCUACGCAUUGCUCUGGUUCCUGCUCGGGGUGAAGUGUUCCUGGCAAUUGACGGAGCACUUCGCUGCUGCUGCGUCCAGCCGGCAAGUGGACUAUGCGGUUUCUAUUCUUUUGUAUCUCACGGGCUUUCUGGGCUGGUCAUGGGUGGGCGGAGAACUCAAGGAUGUGGCUACGACAAGUCUUUGGCUAUCGAUCGCUUGGACGCUGGCUUUGCUGAUAAUCUUGAUUGCGAUUCACUUCCGCUGCUUCAGAGCUCCUCCGCAGCAGGUGCCUCAAGAGGAGGUGCCUCAAGAGCAGGUGCCUCCGCAGCAGGUGCCUCCGCAGCAGGUGCCUCCGCAGCAGCUGCCUCCGCAGCAGGUGCCUCAAGAGCAAUUCAGCCUUGGGAUGAUGGAACGUGAACGUGGUGGCUGA